GCCCAUUGAAUCAAGGAGUUAGUCUGAGCAAGAUGGCCGGCCGGUGGAGUUCGGCCGUCUACUGCGCCGUGCUGGUCCUCGAUCUGAUUCUGCUGACCGAGUGCAAUUACGGCGUGCGAUACGGUGACAAGGCGAGGCAGCUGCAUCUCGCGGAGGACAAUGAUUCGCCGUACAGGAAGCCGCUCAUCAUGGAGAGGCGGGACGCGGAAUUGCGCGAUCUCGAUGACGAGGAAACGCCGUCGGACGGGCGGCGUACGCGCAGAAACACACUGGCGGAUUUUGCAAACAACAACAACCCGAACAUCACGGUGAAGGUCAACGCUUUAAAUGAUUCGCAUCAGCAAUUGAUGGUGCACUGGGUCGGGGAGGGCUCCAACGUAAUAAUAUGUCUGGCAAGGGAUAGCACGCCUGUGGUGCGCUUUCAAGCAGGAAGAUUCUCUUCCCCGACCCACCCCAGCGCUGUGUAUAUAAGCUACGACUACGGUGAUACAUUUCAGAACAGGACUGAGGAAUUCAGGGUUUCGUCAAGUCCCAAUGCUUCGUACGCGGUUGUGGACAAGUUCACCAAUCAUCCCAAGUUCUUUCAACAUUGUGUUUUCGUGGACAGUUCGAAUAGCCUGAUAUUUAUUACGACCAAUAACGGGAUGAAUAUUCUGAGGUCUUCGGUACCGUUCCACCCGAGUGAAAUUUCAUAUUACGACUCAGAUCCACGUGUGCUCGUUGCGUUGGACAAGAUUGAUUCGAUGCGAAAGUUAUGGUUGUCGGUCGAUCGUGGAAUGGUGUGGAUACCGAUUCAUCAAUAUGUAAAGGCUUUCUUCUGGUCGCCCUGUCAAGUUUUAUACGUGGAGCGUACAGAACCCACCGGGUCGAAUACCGUUUUAAAGUUGGAUAUCAAGAAUUUACUGGCGUACCAGCGGAAUGUUAACAAUAACCUGCGAAUAAGAAUGUCCAUACGAAAAGAAUUCGUCCUGGUUAUCCAGAAUGUCGAGGACUUUCAAAUAAGAGGCGAUUAUAUGUUCGCCACUAUGAAAAAUUCUAAGAACGGGACAUCGGAACACCUGGAUCUUUACAUCUCCUACAAAAAUCAAUCGUUCGUUAUGGCACAUUUCAACACGGAAUUGGACUGCAAGGAUUACCAUAUCGUCGACGUGUCGUCCAAUCGGGUCUUCAUCGCGGUAUCGCACAGUGAAACCAUGGUGAACCUUUAUGUGUCGGAGGUUAUAGAUCACGAGAAAGCCGUAUUUACCUUGUCUUUGGACGGCAUCCUCACAUUCUUCCCCAACAGCACUUGGAAGGACAGCUGGCUAAAUGAUGUGGCGGACGAGGCGUUCACGGAUCUGUACAAGGUCGAGGGUCUUCGCGGCAUAUACAUAGCGUCGCAAGUCAAAGGCGCCCCGAAAUCGGGCUCAAUCGGGCCGGAGCACCUGGCGUCGGUGAUCACCUUCGACCACGGCGCCACGUGGAACAGCAUCAAGUCUCCAACGGCGAAUCACGAGGGCUUCUACAUGCAUUGCACGAGCAAGGAGUGCUCGUUGCACUUGAGUCAAAGGUUCAGUCAGCUCUAUCCGGUGACGAGGUCCGUCACGAUCAUGAGCUCGAAGUCGGCACCUGGAAUAAUAAUGGCUACCGGCGUGGUCGGGCCUAGCUUGAAGGGUCACCCCGCGCUGUACGUGUCGCGAGACGCGGGUCUCACGUGGAAGCAGGUGCUGAAGGACUACUACUUCUUCAACAUGGGCGAUCACGGCGGCCUGUUGGUGGCGGUCAAGUAUUUCAAGUCGCGCGGCGAGACCAGGGACAUCUCGUAUUCGACCGACGAGGGCGAGACCUGGAAGACGUACGUGUUCAACGAGAAGAUGCUACGAGUCUACGGUCUUAUGACUGAACCCGGCGAGAACACCACGGUGUUCACCAUGUUCGGCUCGGACAGCGGACAGCACCAAUGGCUGAUAAUCAAGGUCGAUCUGCGAAAUGUGUUCGAGAGGAACUGCACGGAGGACGACUACAAGUUCUGGUCGCCGUCGAGCGACGACCAACCGGUGAUGUCGUGCGUGUUGGGCCUGAAGGAGACGUACCAGAGACGCGCGUUGCGCGCCAACUGCUACACGGGCGUGAAUUACACCCGGCCGAUGAGGCCGGAGAUCUGUCCGUGCGACGCGAACGACUACCAGUGCGACUACGGCUUCGUGCGCGUCGGUAAUCCUUACCACUGCAUCCGCAACAAGUCCAUCCCCGAGUACGACCCUUACGCCGUGCCGAGCACCUGCAAGUCCGGCGAUUUCUACAAUCGCACGAAAGGCUACGUGAAGAUAUCCGACGACGAUUGCAAGGGCGGUCUCGCGAGGAACUUCGAGCCCGACGAGAUACCCUGCCCGAUGAACGAGCGGCGUGAGUUCCUAUUGGUCGCUCAACGGGAACACAUAUCGCGCAUCAACCUGAUCGACGAGAAGCUGGAGACCCUGCCGGUGCACGGCCUGAAGAACGUGAUCGCCAUAGAAUUCGACCUGAAGAACAAUUGCCUAUACUGGGCGGACAUCGUGAACGACACCAUCGGCAGGCAAUGCCUGCGGGACGGCACCAGUUACCCGGAGAUACUCGUCGAGACCGAUCUGAGCUCCAUCGAGGGCAUGGCCUUCGACUGGGUGUCGAAUGUGCUCUAUUUCGUGGACGGCGUGAAGAUGAGGAUACAGAUCAUUCGAACGGACGUCUCCACCAUGGGCAGGAUGCGCAGGACGAUAUUGGGGCCGAACAAUCUGCAGAAACCCCGCGGCAUCGCGGUGCACCCCAUGAACGGCUACAUGUUCUGGACCGAUUGGGCGCCCGGCAACGCCUCGGUGUCGCGCGCCAACCUCGACGGCACGGACGUGAAGCGGCUGUUCGUCAAGCCCACCGUCGAGUGGCCGAACGGGAUAACGAUCGACCACAUCGCCGAGCGCAUUUACUGGGUGGACGCGCGCGCCGAUUACAUCGGCUCGUCGGACUUGGACGGCAAGCGCUUCAAGAAGAUCAUCGCGAACGACGAGCGCGUCUCGCAUCCGUUCGCGGUCGCCGUCUUCAAGGACAACAUGUACUGGGACGACUGGAAGCAGUCGAUGAUCUUCGUGGCCAACAAGGAUCACGGUGUCGGCAUCGCGACGAUAAUCGGCCAGCUGUCGGGCCUGAUGGACCUGAAGAUCUUCGCGCACAGCGUGCAGAUCGGCACGAACGCGUGCGCGAACAACACGUGCUCGCACAUCUGCCUGGGCGCCCCGCGCUCCAGCCAGGUCUGCCUCUGUCCGGACGGCAUGGUGAUGCAGGAUGACAAGUGCAUGUGCCCGGGCGGCGUCACCCCGUACCAAAACUCGACGUGUCCGCGCAUCGCGAGCACGUGCUCGUCGAACCAGUUCGCCUGCCACAACGGCGUCUGCAUACCGGAGUUCUGGAAGUGCGACGGCGACAACGACUGCGGCGACAGUUCGGACGAGAUGCUGUGCAAUAAGGCGACCUGCAGCCCGAACAACUUCGAGUGCGACGGCAAGUGCAUACCCCGUUACUGGGUGUGCGAUCUCGACCGCGACUGCAAGGACGGCGCGGACGAGAAGAACUGCACGUACUCCAGCUGCACGACCGCGCAGUUCAAGUGCGAGAACGGCCGGUGCAUCUCGCACCGUUGGCGGUGCGACGGCGAGGACGACUGCAGGGACGGCUCGGACGAGAAGGACUGCACGAGGAACGUGUUGCCGAGCACCUGCAGGUCCGACGAGAUCGCCUGCAAGAAGGAACGCUCGUGCAUACCCACCGCGUGGAAGUGCGACGGCGAGCCCGACUGCGAGGACGGCCUGGACGAGGCCGAGUGCGACAACAUGGUGUGCGAGCCGUGGCAGUUCACCUGCAACUCCAGCAAGGAGACCCACCGGUGCAUCUACAAGUCGUGGGCGUGCGACGGCGACAAGGACUGCGCCGACGGGUCCGACGAGCUCAACUGCACCGCCACCGUCAAGCCGACGCCGUUCGUGCCGAUAAUGCCGACCAACUCCUGCAGCGACUGGAUGUUUAUGUGCAACAACAAGAAGUGCGUGCCCUACUGGUGGAAGUGCGACAGCGUCGACGACUGCGGCGACGAUUCCGACGAGAUAGGCUGCAGCAACGUCGACCCCUCGCUCGACCCCGUGCCGCCCCACUCGACCGAGCAGCCGCGAGGCUGCCGUGAGCAUCAGUUCCAGUGCUACAACGGCGACUGCAUCGAGAACUCGUGGGUGUGCGACGGCUCGAAGGAUUGCCCGUCCGGCGAGGACGAGAUGCGCUGCGACCAGCUGCACAUGUCCUGCCAGGACGAUCAGUUCAUGUGCCGGCGGGACGGCUCGUGCGUGCCGCUGACCAACAUCUGCAACGGCGUCGAGGAGUGUCCGGACGGCAGCGACGAGCUCGGCUGCUUCAUGGACCACGAGUCCAGCCCCGCCGCCGGGCCGUCCUGUCUGGUCGGCCUGUUCCCCUGCGACGAGACGCGCUGCUUCCCCUUGGCGUCCUACUGCGACGGCAACCAGGACUGCUUCGACGGAUUCGACGAGAACAACUGCGAGAAGAACAGCUCGCGCGUCUACCAGGUGCUGGUGAUGGGCGUGGACGAGCGCUCCAUCAACGACACCAGCUUCUUCCUCUUCUGGUGGAUGCCGAUCCCGUCCAACGUGACCUUCGAGUUCCUGCCGUCGAUCGCGCGAGCGGCACCCGCCGCCAAGUGGACCAACGCCAGCGAGUGGAUCGAGGAGACCGAUUACCAGUUCAACAACCUCGAGCCGUACACGCGCUACAACCUGACGGUGUACGUGAAGCUGAAGGGCCAGAACACCGUCUUCCCGCCGGCCAAGUAUCUCAUCGUCAUGACCGGCGAGGGCGUGCCCUCCAAGCCAUGGAACGUCACCGUCACCCAGAAGAACGGCACCCGCGUCGAGGUCUCGUGGCGGCCGCCGACGCGGCCGAACGGCCUGAUCAUCGGCUACCAGGGCUACAUCACACCGCCCAUACCGCCGAUGGAGUUCUCCCGGCAGAAGACCUCGGCGAUCAUCGACAUGGCCUUCGAGGCCGACAAAAAUUAUUCCUUCUGGAUCGCCGCGAGGAACCGACAGUACGUGUCGGCCUCGUCGGAGGUGGCCACCUUCACGUUCGACGGCUCGGCGAACAUCGACGACAUCGAGGAUCUGAAAGUCCUCGGCACGACCAAUCACUCCGUCACCCUCAGGUGGAAGAAGUUGAAGGACGUCGACUAUUAUCACGUUACGCCCCGGGGACCCGCGUCGUAUCCGAUCCUGCAGACCGUCACGGUCACGAGCAACGAGGUGGAAAUUAAGAAGCUCGCACCCGGCACGAACUACACCUUCGAGGUCGGCGCGAUGAAGAAGCAGUACGCGGGUAAGCUCGCCAUGGUGGUAGCCACGACGAACGGCACCAUGCUGCCGAUGAUCACGAAGCUCGACGCGCAAUUGGUCAAGUCUCAGAGAACGACCGUCAAGCUCACCUGGGAUCCUCCGAAGAGCCACCUGAAGAUCAAGUGGCAGUACGCUGUUCACUACGCCAUCAAUAUGAUCGACUUCUUCAAAAGUUACAAGUUCGUCACGACUAAUCUCACGGCUACGAUCAAGGAUUUGGAAGCAUGCGAGUCGUAUUUCUUCUCCGUCGGUGUAAAUGGAGAUUACGGGGCGGGACCGUUGAACCAACCAGUAUCAGUUGCGACGCACUUCAACAAGCGUGCACCUCCGAAGAGACUGCGGGUAACACCGUCACCGGAUAAAAACGAUAGUUUUAUCGUCUCGUGGUACGCGAGUUGCCCAACGAUCGACGAGCCGAUCAGUUAUACGAUUUCUGUCAUGGAAAUGGUUCGCAAACAGGCGGCGGUCGUGACGUUGCCGCCGACUAACGAGACAGUCAUGAAGCACACGUUUAAUUCGCUCAAGUACGGCGGGAAGUACAGUAUUACGGUGGCAACCGACGUCGAGAAUGCCAUACCUAGCCAAUCGUUCGUUUACGUAGCGCCGGCGAUUAAGCCGCCCCAUCAGCUAAGUGUUUUACGUAAUAAUCGAGACUAUUAUAUUUACUGGCAAGAACCAGACCUGCCGGAGAGCAUCAGGAAUAACAGUUGGCACUACGAAGUUCUGGUAGACGAGGGCUCGAGGGCGAUAAACGAGUCGGACGCGAAGGUCUUGUGGGCUGAUCAAAAACCACCUUACAUCUACAAGGACGCCAAAACGGACACGAUUUAUACAUUUGCCGCGCGAGUAGUCACCGCCGAUGGAUACAAGAGCUCGUUAAGUGAGACCUGGAGCACGCAGAUAUCUAGAGCGCAAUCCGCGGUGAUAAUGAGCACGUCGAACAUAUUGUCCCUCGCUAUACCGAUUUGCUUACUCGUCGUAGCGCUCGGCUCGGCGCUGGCGUAUUUCGUUAUACGACAUAGGAGGCUAUCCAAUAGUUUCACGCAAUUCGCCAACAGUCAUUAUGACACGAGGCGAGGUCAAGCUACUUUUCCAGGCACAACGGAUGGCUUAGAGGAAGAAGACAGCCCUGUGAUUCGAGGAUUUUCGGAUGACGAGCCAUUGGUAAUCGCAUGAAAAGCAUAUAUAACGUAACCAGGAUAUUUACAUGCUAGGAAGAAUGUGCCAAGCCACUAAUUGAUAUGAUAAUUUCGAAUAUAUAUAUAUAUAUAUAUAUUUAUAUAAAACUUUAUAUAUAUAUAUAUAUAUUUAUAUAAAACUUUAUGAGAAGGUGGAAGGUUUUUAUGAAAGCGUCUCAAGACUGACUACGUUCCGUUAACUGCAGUUGUGCUAGACAGGGCGAUUCGGUGAACGGGUCGUGCAGAGGGCUUACAUGAAAGCUUUUCGUGCAAUUCAUACGUUGUAGAAAUAUGUGCUACGUACAUCACGAAUGAACCGGAAAUUACUGCUGAUUUUAACAUUACAAACUUGGACGAUUGUGGCUUGAAAUUGUAGCUACGAUGGAAUGUCGGAGUUGAACAAAAGAGAGAGAGAGAGUAUGUGUGAGGGAAAGCAGUUUGUACAUAUAGUAAAUAUUUUUAUGGAUCGAUUGUGAGAUUUUCGAAAUGCUACACAUUUAUCGAUGCAUUUUUAAUAUUGUAUUUAUAUCACCUGUACAUGUGUGUGUGAAGAAACUGUCGAAACCGAUAUUCAGAUCUGUCGAUAUGAGAGCGAAUUUCCACACACUGGGCGGACUUCUUUUUUUUAUAUUUAAAAAAAAAGUUGUUUUAGCAAUAUCUACAGCAGAUGCCAUAAGUUUUUUUCGUACAGCGAAUGCACGACCAAAGUAACGCUUUCUUCUAAUGCCGCACUCAACGAACGUAUUGUUGGUUAAACACAACGAAAAGAAGGCAACAAAUUUAUAUAAAGAUAUGAGUAAAGCCUUCAUAAUUUUCUUUUGCUCACAAUUACAAUACAUUUUCGUGGCGUUUCGGCUGUUGGGCGAGACGAAGCCCAACGGGAAAUUUAUAAGUUGUCAUCCUCGCUGCGAUUGGUUCUAUCAGGUUUGAUGCGGCAUUGAAAGAAGUUUUCGUAGGCGAAUUCCAGUCUUACGAAGGGGUCACGCGACCCUCGAGUGGAAAGUGCUACAGUCACUACAAGGAUCGCCGAAUAUUCCGAUAAUUGCGCAUAGAGUUAUAUGUAAUAAGGGUGAACCGAGCGUGACGAGUUUGGGGAGCGAUUUGAAUGUUAGUGUUAAGUAUAAAUCAUUUCGUGAAAUGUCCAAAAAAGAAUAUUCGAUUGAUCGUGUUUCGUGCGUAUAAAAUGGAUCACGUAUUUUGCGCCUUUCGUUUUCACAGUAACGCGCUAUUUUGCAGACGUCGAACGACACGUUUGUUAAAUCGUUUCUAGCCCAAAUCAGAAGGUGGGUUUUAAGUCUUGAGACUUCGGCGAGAAAGCGACAUGCUCGAAGACUCUUUCGGCGCAGACGAGAUAGCAGCGCGUAGCGGCACCGUGUCGUGGUUUCUAGAUUAUUGUAAAUAAUGUUGAAACGUUUUCUCAAGUGUGCGUGUAAUAUCACAGUUUAAGGUUUCCUGAUUCUUUGUCAUGGUCAUUGGGAUUGUUAUUUAUUUAUUAUCUGACAGAAAGAAAGUUUUCCAGAUA